GCUCUCCGCCGGGGGUCUGUGGCUCGCAGCCUGUCCGGCCCGGGGCUUCGCAGGGAGGCAGGGGGGUUCCGAGGCGAGGGAGGACAGGAAAGGUGCGCUGACCGGGCGGUGGGCGCUGGGCGGAGGAGCCCAGCCCCUCGUUCAGCUUGCCCUGGAGUCGCGGCUCUUUGUCGUGGAGGCUGCUCUGAGCGUCUUGGGGACGCAAAGGACGUCGGCACUCAAUCCCCUGCUUUCGGGAGAGAUCACACUUAUUCCCAACCCCGGUGACUUUGCAAACGCUGUGGUUUAACCGGGGAUAUAAAAAUAGAAAGGAAAGCCCUUGAAAGAAGAAAUACUAAAGGAAACUCUGAAGCACAGAACCCAGUUGUGUAGCAAACUUUUUGCUAAGCUGCCUCAGCCUAGAAUGGCUGUGGAAUCCAGAGCAUUUUCAACCCUGGUAACUCAGGAUCCUCAGGAACAAGAACUAAUCGUAGUGAAAGUAGAAGAGGGCCUUUCCUGGGGUCAGAAAUCUAAGCAGGAUGGGAGUGCCCAGGCCUGCCAAGAAAUGUUUCGCCAGCAAUUCAGAAAGUUUUGCUACAAGGAGACUCCUGGGCCGCGGGAGGCUCUGGGGCGACUUCACGAGCUUUGCUAUCGGUGGCUGAUGCCAGAGUUGCACACAAAGGAGCAGAUCCUGGAACUGCUGGUGUUGGAACAGUUCCUGAGCAUCCUGCCUGAGGAGCUGCAGGUCUGGGUUCAGCAACAGAGUCCAAAAAGCGGCGAGGAAGCUGUGACCCUGUUGGAGGAUUUGGAGAGAGAGUUCGAUGAUCCAGGGCAGCAGGUUCCAGGUAGUCUUCAGGGUCCAGCAGUGCCCUGGAAGGAUUUGACAUCUCUUGGAGCAUCCCAAGAGUCAACAGACGUCCAACUCCAGCCUUCAAAGACACAGCUGAAAUCCUGGGAACCUUGCCUGUCCCUCAGAAGUGAUUGUGAAAACAAUAAAUCAGCAACAAAGGAGGGAGCUUUGGGAGAAAAAUCAGAAGGACUCACCCCGGAACCUUCAUUCCAAGAAGUUAGUGAACAUGAAAAUCAUUUAGAGUGGCAGCAAAGAAGUGCUGCCGAGGAGAAAUUAAGGAGAUUCCCUUCUCAAGGAGAAAGUUUUAGUCAAGUGAUCUUCACACAUGAAUCUCUAGGAAAGAAAAACCAUCGUGGUAAUCCUCAAAGUAGUUUGAUUCUAAGUACAAACUCUGUAACAUAUCAGAAAGUUCAUACAGAAGAGAGACCUUACAGAUGUGAUGUGUGUGGGCAUGGCUUCACGCAGCAUUCCUCUCUAACACAGCAUCGAAGAAUCCAUACUGGAGAAAAGCCCUACAAGUGUAACCAGUGUGGGAAAGCCUUUAGUUUGAAGUCAUACCUUAUUAUUCAUCAGAGGAUUCAUAGUGGGGAGAGAGCAUACAAAUGCAGUGAAUGUGGGAAAGCCUUCAAUCAGAGAUCAGCCCUUAUUAGACAUCAGAAAAUCCAUACUGGUGAGAAACCUUGUAAAUGUAAUGAAUGUGGCAAAGCAUUCAGUCAAAGUUCAUACCUGAUUAUGCAUCAGCGAAUUCAUACAGGAGAGAGACCUUAUGAAUGUAACGAAUGUGGAAAAGCUUUCAGGCAGAGCUCAGACUUGAUUACCCAUCAGAGGAUACACAGUGGAGAGAAACCCUAUGAAUGUAAUGAAUGUGGAAAAGCCUUCAGUUUCAGCUCAAACCUCAUCAGGCAUCAGAGAAUUCACAGUGGAGAGGAGCCUUACCAGUGUAAUCAAUGUGGCAAAGCCUUCAAAAGGAGCUCAGCCCUUACUCAGCAUCAGAGAAUCCACUCUGGGGAUGAAGCUUAUACUUACAUGUAGUGAAUGUGAGAAAGCUUUCAGGCAGGGAUCAGUCCUUAGGCUCCAUCAGAAAGUCUGCACUGUAGAGUAACUUGUGAAUACAGUGACUAUUGUAAAUAUUCCAGUCAGAUUCUUGUCUUUGUUAGUCAAAGGCGUUUACUUUGGAGCAAAGUUCCAUAAAGGUUGUAAACUAUUAGGUCUUCAGUCUAACUUGCUAUGUGUUGCACUUACCAGUGCUAAAGAAAGUUGACUCCUAAAAGCUUUUUCUGUGACUAACGAGAAUCAUAGAUGGAAAAACUAUUGCUUUUAGCUUCUCUUUUACUGUUAAGAAUACUCAGGAAAUAGGAAUGUAACAUUGAAACCUCACUUUCCAUGAGAACAUCAUGAAAAGGAUAUAGUGACCCAGACUUUAUUGCUACAUCUAAUUGUCAUUGUGCCUGGGCUGGGAUGAUGUGGACUGUAUGAGAGACUUUUGUCUCUAUCAGGAGCUCAGAAAACAUUUUACUACCCUAAAUAAGGACAGUGACAGGGCAGCAAGAAAGAUGGGAAAAUAGGGUCUCAUCAAUUAUUUGUCGAGCCCAGGGCAGGCCAGAAAUUAGGAGUGAGAAGAAAAAAUACAAAUUAAUUUAGUGUCUGUUCCAAGCACUAGGGAUACAAUGGAAAUGAACCAUAUUCUACAGUCUAAUGGAAAGGGCAUUCAAGCAGGCAGGGACACUGCAGUGUGUUCAGUGCUGUGAUCCAAAGGAGAAGCUCCUGACCCAGCCUCGGAUCAGGGUAUGCUUCUUAGAAAAAUGACCUGAGGAUGAGUAGAAGUUAGCCAGGGGGUAGGCCAGGGAAGACCGUUCCCAACAAACAGAAGGAACACAAAUUCCAGGAAGAAAGUGGCACAUCUGUGAAAUAAAAAUAUAAGGCCACUUUGUAUGAAGUUCCUUCUGAAGUGAUGGAACCAGAAUCUUUUAAGCAGUGUUUUUUUUUUAAAAAAAUCAAAAGUAUGGACCAAUGGAAAAGUUUCUAUUAACAAAACCCAGAGCCCUUGGAUCAUGAGGUGGUGAGGAGCUUUGUUUUGGUCUGGUGUGACCCCAGGGAAAGAGCUAAUAUCCACUUUCCUUGCCAGACCUGUAGGCUAGGCUAGAACUUACGGCAGCGGAGGGGUGAGAAAGAGCCUAGAGGUUAUGAGUUCUAAGUCUUCCAAACAUGAGGGUUCCUUUGGUGAAGAGCUGGUCUGCUCACCAAGAAAGAGUUCAGCAGUUCAAAUCCACAACUUGCUCCUUGGAAACGGUAUGGGGCAGUUCUACUCUAUCCUACAGGGUCACUAUGAGUCAUAAUUGACAGCAACGGGUUUGGUUUUUUGUAUUCUAAGACAGUAUCCAAGCAGCUGUCACAUUUCCUCCUAACUCCCAAGGGUCUGUCAGAACCUGCUAUGGUUGUCAUCAUUUCUUUCUGGGGCUGUAUCCCAUAGUACCUAGUACACGCUUGGGUCCAGGUUCUCAAAAUACAUUUGUCAGUUUCUCUUGGAGUCUGAAUGCUCAUUAGAAGCAAGGAUGGUGAGACUUUGUCUCACAUACUUUGGACAUGUUAUCCAGAGGAACCAGUCCCUGGAGAAGGACAUCAUGGUUGGUAGAGGUUCAGCGAAAAAGGAAGACCCUCAAAGAGAUAGAUUGACACGAUGGCUGCAACGAUGGGCUCAAACAACACAAUGAUUGUGAGGAUGGCGCAGGACAGGGCAGCAUUUCAUUCUGUAGUACACAGGGUCGCUGUGAGUCAGAAACAACUCGACUGUACCUAACAACAGUAAAACCUUGGGGUCUAUGAUAUUUCCCAGACACUGCACACAUGUUCAGUUUUGACUUAACAUCAACAGUAUUUCACAUAUCUUGUGAAUUUUGUUAAAGACAACACUAAAGGGAAGUGACAACAGAAAAUAAUAGUCAUAGGGAUCCAGAGAUUGUCCUUGUCUGAGGGACCAGCAGGAAGGUGCUUCUCAGUGCGUGGCAAAAUUAUACAGUUUAAUCAUCACCAGGAAGACGUCAUUCAAAAGACCUGACAGGUUGGAGAACUAACAAAGAACCGAAUCUGUGCUGAAAUCUAGAAUUCUGGUUGUAGAGAAAAGAUGGUUGUCAUGAUAAAAAGAAACAGAAGUCAUGCUUCUAUUGGGACAUACGUAGAUCGGCAUCUGCAAACCUGUGAGAGUGGCGGGAGGGCUAAAUGCACAUUUGGGGAGAGUGGAAAAAGGGACGGUAUCACUUGGAAAAGAUGGUGAAAUUCAUGGUAGGAGCCACUGAACUCUUUUUCCUCAGAAAGACCCAAGGAAACUGAAAAGGGUAGGACAGACAUUAAGCAGCCAUAACUUGUUAGAUGCUGUUGAGUUUGUUCCCACUCAGCAACCCAGUGUAGGACAGAAUGAAACACUUCCCCGUCCUGUGCCAUCCUCACAGUUCUUGCUAUGUCAGUCAACUGCGUCAGUCUAUCUCAUUGCAGGUCUUCCUCUUUUUCACUGACUUCUGUCUUACCAAGCAUGAUGUCAUUCUCCAGGGACUGGUCCCGCCUGAUAACAUAUCCAAAGCAUGCUUCUAAGGAGAAUUCUGGUUGUACUUCUUGAUGACAGAUUUGUUAAUUCUUCUGGCAGUCCAUAGAAUAUUCAGUAUUCUUUGCCAACACCAUAAUUCAAAGGCAUCAGUUCUUCUGUCUUUAUUAUUCAUUGCGCAGCUUUCCCAUCCGUAAGAGGCAAUUCAGAAUACCAUGGCUUGGGUCAGGUGUACCUUAGUCCUCAAGGUAACACCUCUGCUUUUUAACUCUAUAAAGAGGUGUUUUGCAGAUUUGCCCAAUGCAGUACGUCGUUGGCUUUUUUGACUGCUGCUUCCAUGAGUGUUGAUUGUGGAUCCAAAUGAAAUGAAAUUCUUGAUAUGUUCAGUAUUUUCUCCACUUAUCAUGUUGCUUAUUGGUCCAGUAGUGAGGAUUUUUGUGUUCUUUGUGUCAAGGUGGAUUCCAUUUUGGAGGCUGUAGUCUUUGAUCUUCAUCAGUAAGUGCUUCAAGUCCUCUUUACUUUCAGCAAGCAAGGUUUUGUCGGCUGCAUGUCAUGGGUUGUUAAUGAGUCUUUGUCCAGUCCUAAUGCCACAUUCUUCAUAUAGUCCAGCUUUCCUGAUACUUUGCUCAGCAUACAGAUUGAAUAAGUAUGGUGAAAGGAUACAACCCAGAUGCACACCUUUCCUGAUUUAAAACCCUGCAGUAUCCCCUUGUCCUAUAUGAACAACUGCCUCUUGCUCUAUACAGGUUCCACGUUAACGCAAUUAAGUGUUAAUUAAGCACAAUUAAACUGACGAGUGGUGGAGCAGGAAUAACAAAAGGGAUAUAUUCUUUAGAGAGUUCUGACAUAUCAACAAAUAUAACAGGUACUGGGAAAGGGCUUUGUAUAUAUGUGUUAGCUGUUUCUCCCUUCAGCCCAUAUUUUGCUUCGGGUCAUGACCUACUAGAGGUCAGACUUUGAGCCCAGGCAUUAGGAACCCAGAACCUUUCUGUGGAGCCACUUCUCUAUAGUGACUCAAAGAAAAAGCCCGACUGUGUGUGGUGGGGGGGAGGGAAUGAUGCUUAAAUAGCCAAAUCACAAAAGAAUAAAUGGCAAUGGACAAGAAAUAAAUGUUCAACCUCAAUAGAAUCAAAAAUUAUUCUUAACAGUUGAGAUGGCACUUUUUUCCUAAAACUGACAAAGAUUUAGGGAGACUGGAACACAAUGCCACUGGUGAGAGGUGAAUACAUACUGUCUCUGGCAAUGAAUACCAGAAGCCUUAAGCAUUGCCUUUUAACUUUGAAACUACCUGGAAACAUAUACUUCAGAAAUCAUGAAUGUACACCAAUAUUAAAUAACAGCAUUCCUGAUACAUCGUUAAGUAAAAAUAUUACACAAUGGUAUGUAUAAUACCCCAUGUUGGAGAAAUACAUUUAAGCAUUAAAAAUACUGGAAAUACGUAGUCUCAAAAUGCUAUUGUGGUUAUCUCUGGGUGAUGACAUAGGUGAUGUAACUUUUUCCUUUCACUUUUCUGUAUUUUCCAAUUUUUUCUGCAAUAAAUAAUACUCAAGAUCAGAAGAAAUAAAAUUUUAGAAGGGAUUGGAAGCCCAGGAGAGUCAAAAUAUUAAGUAUUUGCUUUCCGUGACAUCUGUCCCAUCAAUGGACUCUGAUCCUUAAUCCUCAUUGGUAAAAUGACAACGGCAGACUCACCCAUCUCAUAUAUGGUACACAAAAAAGUCCUUUGCAAAUUAUAAAUCUCUAAAUAUGUUAUCUCCAUAAAGGAGAUUUAUGGUAUAGAGAAGCAAUAGUGUUGAAGUGGAGAUCUUUGUUCUUGUUAGUGCUUUGCCAUGAAUUCUGCAGCUAUUAGGAAGGCAUUCAGUUUAAAGGAGCUGAAGUAGAUUAUCUACUGUGGUCAGAGCAUCACCAGUCCGUGCUACUGUGAACUGGGGUAUCGAUUGGAGGUGGAUGUCAAAGGUAAUUGUUUCCUCCUUCACCAACCUUGUGUGGAAGAAGAGUAAUUCAUGCCUUUCCCUUCUGCCCAGGGCCCCCUUGUUUCUAUUAGUACAAAGGCAGUCCAGGGGGUAAAAAUUCUUGCCUUAAGUGGAUCUUGAAUGGAUUUUUUAAAAAUGAUAUGCAAUUUAGGCAAGAUGCUUAGAAAUUAUCAGUUUCCUACAUCUCCCCUUCUCCCCUUUCAUUUCCAUAGGCUGCGCCUAAUCCUGUCCAGCUGGGAAAACUGGAUAUUUAAAGAAAUCUGGCAUUUGGUCUCAAAGCUCCCCUGUGAACACCUAUGCCCCUCUUGCCUCAGCAAGUGCAUCCUCUCUGUGUUGGCAGAGGGGAACUGCCAAUUAGACAAGCUUCCCGUCCUGACUUGGAGAGCGUUUUUGUGAUGUCAAGAGGAAGGGUGAGCCCGGUGGACAGGCGCUGCUUGUACCCACACACCCCUUGCUUUCUGAUGGGCCAGAACAAGACAAUGCUGUUCAGUAGCUUUAUCAUUCACAGCUGCCUUGUUGGCUAGCACAAAUGAUCAUCAAGCAGUCCAAAGAUCGAAAGGGUAAUGGGGCAUUUUUACACAUGCUUCUGUUGAGAACCUGCUGAGAAGGGAAAGCCCAUGGCAGUCUUCCAGGCUCUUGCCCAGCCCACAGGCCUAAGCUUGGUCCUUGGCAGUUAGUGCUGAGGAUAUCCAUCUGGUGCGAUAUGGACCCCUCCCAAACGGAAGAAAGAGUCCUGAUUCUGGCAGACACAUGAUGGCGUAUGUGUUUAAAGAGGCUACUUCCUGCCCUCAUUCCCAUAGUCUUUCAGCCACAAAGCAGUCCCCUCAAUUUUGUGACUUCAGCUGGUGCUACAACCCCAGAGACAGGCUGUCAUAGUUUCCUGAGAUUUUGGCCCAGGGAGUAAAAGCUGAGGGCACUAAUUUCCUGACUUCUUCCCAUAAAUCCUUCCCUCUUCCCUUACCAUGUCUCCACUCAUGUUAUUGUGUUCCCUAUCUGAAUAAAUAAUUUCAAAGCAAAACUUGAAAACUCAGAUCUUAUUACAGUAUAUCUUGCAUUACAUUCUAAUACUAAACCAGUUUAAGUAUAUACUCAGUAUAAAUGGUAAAAAUCAGUUACCAAUAAGGAUUUAGCAAACAAGAUUUUUACCAAAAAUUUUAGGGUUGGGAAAAAAAAAACAUACUGCAAAAUUGUUAACAAUGUUUCUGUGGGUAGCAGCAUUGUGGGUGACUUAUACUUUCCUU